CUCUCUUCUUUACCGGCUUAACCUGUUUUCUCUCUCCUUUCUGUUAUCAGUAUAAAUCAUCUCCCCUUACCCUCCCCACUCCGUUCCAUUCUCUCUCCUCUCUUCUCUGUAUAUAUUUGUAAACUACUUCUUCAACCAAAUCAAACAAAAAUUAAUUCAAAAAAGAAAAAAGAUAAAGGAAAAAAAGAUGAAUACCUGUAGCAGUAGUGAUAAUAAUAAUCAUACUUCUGUUAAACUGAACCGGAAAGAAGUGGACCGGAUAAAAGGCCCAUGGAGCCCCGAAGAAGACGAUGCCCUAACAAGGCUAGUCCAAAAGCACGGCCCAAGGAAUUGGACUUUGAUUAGCAAAUCUAUUCCGGGUCGGUCUGGGAAAUCGUGUCGUUUACGGUGGUGUAAUCAGCUUUCACCUCAGGUGGAGCACCGUGCUUUUACACCGGAGGAAGAUGAUACGAUUAUGCGUGCUCAUGCUAGGUUUGGUAACAAGUGGGCCACCAUUGCUAGGCUUCUCAGUGGUCGCACUGAUAACGCGAUCAAAAACCACUGGAAUUCCACCUUGAAGCGGAAGUGUUCAGCCAUGGUUUCUCCGGCGCCGGAUGAUUUUCCUGGCGACUUUCCUCCGCCGUUGAAGCGUGCUAUGAGUGAAGGUGCUGAUGUUAUUCUCAGAAACGUCUCCGGACUUAGCCUUAAUACGAAUCCAGGUAGUCCGGGAUCGUCGGAUGCGAGUGAUUCUGGCUCGCAUGUUUACCGACCGGUUCCGGUUCCUGGUCCGGUGAAUAUUCCGCCACCACCGGUGGUGGUUUCUCCAGCGACUGAUCUGAGUUUAUCGCUGCCUGGAUCGGACUCCUGUGAGGUUUCUAACUCUGAUCAUGAACCGAUGACCGGUUGUUCUCCGAUCCAGGUAUUCCCGACGUCUUCUCCGACGGCGUUCUCGCCAGUGAUGUUUCCACCACCGCCGAUACCAUCACCACCACCGUCGGCUUUUAGUCAAGAGUUUUUGGCUGUGAUGCAGGAUAUGAUAAAGAAGGAAGUGAAGACAUAUAUGGAAGGAGUGGAGAUGAGCAACAACAAUGGAGUUGUUGUUGGAGGAUUCAAUCAUGGCGGUUUCUGUUCACAGGCGGCAGACGGCGUGAUGAGAGCUGCAAUGAGUAGGAUUGGAAUCGGAAAGAUUGAGUAGUGAAUCGGAAAUUCGUUGAAGAUGAUGAUGAAGAAUUUAUAGAAAGAGAGAAGAAGAUAAAACGAACAACUUUUGUGGAAAAUGUGAUGAUCUCUCUCUGUCCUUGUUUCUCUCUCCUCUGAAACUGUUGUAGAGAAAAAUAAUUUUGAAAUUAGUGUACAGAAGAAGAAUGAAUGUCAGUUGAAAAAUUUAGCAGAAAGAUGGAGACGAUGAAGAAGAUGAUGACGACGAUAAAGUUUUGGUUCAAAGUUUCAAACCAAAGCAUCCAAAAAAAAAAUCGAAAAAAAAAUUCAUUAAAGAAAAGUUUUACGUUUUCUUGUCAA